AUGCAAAUCCCCUUGUCCGUCCUCUUAGCUCCUCUGGCUGCCCAAGCCGUCAACAUCGUCCUUUCAAAUGACGAUGGCUGGGCCGAGAAGAACAUCCGCGUUUUCUACGAUACUCUCACUAGUGCAGGCGAGAGCGUGAUUAUCUCCGCCCCGGCUGAUAAUAGAUCGGGAACCGGCUCAUCCGAUGCCACGCCCGGAACGGUGACCUCGGGCUGCGAGUUCAACAGCUGCCCGGCGGGAAGCCCGCCCUACGGUUCAGACGGCUCCAACCCCCGGUUCAACUAUGUCAACUCCUACCCUGUCACGGCCAUCAGGUAUGGGAUCCAGACUCUGUCGCCCAAGUUCUUCGGAGCAAACCUCGGCUCCACAACCCUCAUCUCCGGCACAGUCGGCGCAGCCGCCGAGGCCGCGCUCGAGGGCAUCCCGGCGAUCGCCUUCAGCGGCACCUCGGGCUCGCAGGUGUCCUACACCACCGCGACGCAGACCUACCAGACCGUCUACGCCCAGCUCUCCACCAACGUGACCACCACGCUCGUCGACUCCGGGAAGCCCUACCUUCCUGAUGGCAUCUGGCUCAACGUCAACUACCCGACUGUGAGCAGCAGCACGUGCACGUCUGCCUCGCGGUUCAAUUUCGUGCUCUCGCGCAUCAACUCGGCCUCCUCGUCGACUGCGGCAGACGUGCGGACGUGCGGGUCCACCCGGCUCCCGACGGAGAGCACCGUUGUUGGCACCUCUGGGUGUUAUGCCAGUAUUAGUGUUGGGGUCGCGAGCAACAAGAAGGAUGCUGCUGCUGCUCAGCAGGAUGUUGUUUUGCAAAAGCUCCAGUCCAUUCUUUCUUGUUUGCCUUGA